CGUGAUGUACCCCUAAAAUUAUUAUAGAAUACUUUAGAACAGAAUUCUAAAACAUCAAAUGAUUGAAAAUCACAGAAAAGCGACUGUACACAUAUGCUCAUAAAUAAUUGAUAGCAUCAGCCAUGGAACGAGCGUAUUUCCAAGCAGGGAGAUCCUCAACAACUAAAUUCACCGCAAAAGGUCUGACGAGCGACGAUGAAAGAAAUUAGCAUACUAAUCCUAUCUACUCCGCGGGAUUCUUUAAUACUUCUCUACCUACACCCUUAUACCUACAAUAGUCUUUCCCUCGUCCCGCGAGGACCCUUUAACUGAAAUUUAUCUUCUUAGCUUUUCUGUUCUUCGAGAAAAUUUUCAGCAAGACGAGACCAAGUGACAUCAAUUUUCACAAUAAUCGUGUAAUUCAUGGCGACGCAGAGGCUAAAAUCCUGACGACCCAUGGAUCUGAACUUCGUCCUACGUUUCAUCACUGCGUACUGCUCCAGGUCGUUGAGCAAUGGCUAACAGUUCACGAUCAACGACUUCUGCUGAUGAGCGAGCUUUGCAAAGAAGAGGCUACAUUCUUGGAGGGAAAAUAGGACAAGGCUCGUACGCAAAAGUUCGGUCCUGCACAUACGUUGUCGAUUCUCGGCAAGAAAUUCUAGCCUGCAAGAUAAUCGACCGCAGCAAAGCUCCGUCGGACUUCCUGGGCAAAUUUUUCCCCCGGGAGCUCGAUAUAAUUACAUGGCUUGACCAUCCACACGUGAUUCGGGUUCAUUCAAUUCUUGAGCGUCAAGAGAGAGUUUUCAUCUUCAUGCAAUAUUGCGAAAAUGGUGACUUGCUCGACUAUGUCAGGGAUCAUGGAGUCAUUAAGGAGCCUCAAGCCCGCGUUUGGUUUAAGCAAAUGUACGCCGGGCUAUCGUACCUUCAUUCUAGGAACAUUGCCCAUCGGGACCUGAAAUGCGAAAACGUGCUUCUGACACGACAUUGGAACGUAAAACUGGGUGAUUUCGGCUUCGCUCGCGCUGUGGUGGACCAAGAUGGUCGUCGCGUGCUGAGUGAAACUUACUGCGGAUCCGCUGCCUAUGCGGCUCCGGAAGUUGUUCGCGGAAACCCGUACAAUCCAAAAAUGUCCGAUAUCUGGUCGCUCGGGGUGAUACUUUACAUAAUGGUGAACGCUGCCAUGCCGUUUGAUGACAGUAACCUGAAGAAGAUGCUGAAGGAUCAACAAAGUCGUAAUUGGCAUCUGCGGAGCAAGGUCCGCGAUAAACUCGGCCCCGAGAUUAAGGAAAUGCUGAAUCAAAUACUGGAGCCAGACGUCACGCGGAGAAUCACCAUUGAUCGAAUCGGGCGACAUGUGUGGCUCCAGAAUCACCUCUCAUUCCCGAGAACUGACUCCCCUGAGAACAGAGACGUUCUCAUGGACAUAGUCCCCGAAGACGUAGGAACUCAAUCCUCGCGCAACAAAGGGGACCACAAGCGAAGUCCAGAGUCCUGCAAUUCAAAGCAAGUGAUGGAAUCUUUGGUCAGAGGCAGAGAAAGCUUCUUUGACAUCACUGCUGUCAGUGGACUGGAAAAAGUCGAGUAUGACAAUCCACUGGAAGACACUUGCUAUGCUGGGUUCGCGGAUGAAAAGCGCACGUUUGACCAGAUGCAAAACCGAUCAGGGUAUGAGUUCAUGGCUCGUCUGGAAAUGUGGCAUUUAGGCCGACUUGGCCCUUUGGUCUGUGGAGGUGCAAUCAUCUCUGAGAACUGGGUUCUGACUUCUGCCAGAUGUGCAAUAGAUGAGGCAACUGGGAUACCAGCAAGAACCAUAGAGGUCACUGUUGGUGAUCUCAAUUCCAGACAAGAAGAACCUGGGGAGCAGAAGAGAAAUGGAACUGCAAAAGUGCAUCCUUUGUUUGAUAGACAAACCUUGGAAUAUGACCUGGCCUUGAUUGAGCUUUCUUUGCCCCUGGUGUUUGGAAAUUCUUCAGGAUCUGUGGGACCUGUUACUAUUAGUUCCAAAUCUAGCCAAGACUCAGUCCCUGGGCAGCAAGUUGAAGCCAUUGGGUGGGGCCAGAUUGAUUCAUCUGUUCCAGUGAUGCCGACUGGUCUAAGAGCAGCUGAAAUGCAGGUUUACUCAACAGACAACUGCAGAAAGGAUUGGGAGGAUGUGGAAAUAAAGAACCUCACAGGAAUCAUUCCUAAGAUAGGUUUCUAUCAUGUCUGUUUAACUGGACCUGACAAAGGACAGCAGAUAAGGUCUGAUGUGGAUCAACAACAAUCAGCGACUGGGAUUUGCACUGGAGAUAUCGGUGGACCAAUCGUGACCAGGGAAGGGAACAAGACGUUUCUCAUCGGGAUUUCAUCCUUCAUGAAAAUCGCGCCCAUGCAACGGAAAGGUCUGCCACUGCCGGUAGAUGUUUGCGUCAAAAAAUACCCAGAUGUCGCUAUUAAAAAGAAAGAAGGAAAAGUGGUUUUCCUUGUGGGCAAAAUAUUGGCCUCUGAUUGGCUGAUUUUGUUGGAAUCGAAGACGAUGCUGUGCAUUGUCCUACAAUUCCUUUGGGACUUGUUUUUUGGUGCUGGUGGCUUGGCUGAUGCAAAGGACCAGUUUUUGAGAUGCAGCAGG